AGUGUCUUAGUGGAUGGUAUGGUGACGAUUGCACGAAACCUUGCUCGAACCUGUGUGCUGACAGAUUGUGUGACCAGACAACGGGAGCAUGUUUUUCCUGUGUUAUCAAUCGCACAGGGACAUUUUGUAAAGAAUGCACAGACGGAUAUGUUGGACCACUGUGUGACAGAAGAUGUUCGAAAUAUUGCUUAAACCGGCUGUGUGACAAGCGAACAGAAAGGUGCUAUUCAUGUAUGACUGGCUAUCGGGGCGAAUUUUGUAACGAAGAAGUGGAGGGAAACGUGCCAUCGUUGUGGAUUUUUCCAUUGUUUAUUCCAUACAUAGCACUGGUCGUCCUGUGUGUCCUGGCAGGUGGCGGGCAUGUCGGGGAUCAAGAAGACGAAAUUCCUUGA